AUGGCGGAAGCGCAGGGGCAGGGCACGUCAGGAGGAGGCAUGGCGGGAAGGGCAGGGGCGGGGCACGUCGCGAACUCUGUUCAUGGUGCGCGCUGCGUGGUGGUGGAGAGCACGGGGCAGCAGGGACAGCCCAGGAGCAAGGGGUUGAUGGCAAGUGGUGAGCAGUCGGGGCACUGCGGGGCUGCCAUGAGAGCACAUGGCCUGGUGGGUGUGAGCAGCAGAGCCGAGGCUGGGCAGGUCCCUGAGCCUCCGCUGGGGAGGCAGCCAGGGGCCCUUCUGUCGGGGGUGGCUGUGGUGGCUUCAUCUGCAGCUGUGGCAGCCUCCCUGGGCCAUGCCAGCGCUGUGAUGGAGCCCAGGCAGGAGCAGCAACAGCACUUGGAGCCCUGCGAAGAUAGAGCCCGCAGUGCCAGCGUGGAGGAGGUUCUCCUGGAGCGGGAGGAUGUAGCAGCCGAGGUGGAGCUGGAGUCCAUUGGCUAUGAGCAGAAGGAGGAAGUGUCAGAAGAAGACUUUGCAGCAGAGGAGCUGAGGCGGGAGGAGGCGCGCUGGGGCUCCAGGCCCGCCUGGGAGCAGCUGCAGCUCCUGCAGCUGGAGCUGAGCUUGGUGAAUAGCCGCGGUAGGAGGGCCUGUGCGUUGCUCAGGAGGCAGGUGCAGCAGAAUGACGAGACUCACCAGCGCCGCCGCAGAGCCAUCCUGCAGGACAUCCCAGGAUUCUGGCCACAGGUGGUGCAGGAAUUCAGCUUCCCCAAAGAACACUGCCGUAUAGAAUUGUCCUUCAGGAGGAACCCCUACUUCAAGAAUGAAGUGCUGGUUAAAGUGUAUGACCAGACGGGCAUGGGAUACAGGGCUUCUCAAUCUACGGCUAUCCGGUGGCUGAGGGAGCAUGAAGCAGAACGUGGCGGCUGCAGGACGCACCUGCGUGGGCACUGUUUCUCUGACUGGUUGUUGGGACGCAGUGUUCCAGGUUCCAGCAAGUUUGCCAGGAUCAUCUGUGAGGACCUGUGGCUCAACCCACUGCACUACUACCCCGCAGAAGUUGGCAUGUGUUCCGGGAACAGACGCCGCGCCAGGUGA